CGCUUUUCUCUGAGAAUUGAUCAGAUAGAAGCAAUCGAUGGAGUUGGGAAACAGAUGGUCUCUUCGAGGAGAAACAGCCUUGGUCACUGGUGGAUCCAAAGGGAUAGGGUGUGCUAUUGUGGAAGAACUAGCAAGAUUUGGAGCAGCAGUUCAUACGUGCGCCAGGAAUGAAGCAGAGCUGAAACAGAGUUUGCAGAAAUGGAGAGACCUGAAGCUUCAGGUGACUGGUUCGGUCUGUGACGUCUCCUCCUCGGAAGAGAGGGAGAAGCUGAUAAAGGAAGUCAGCGCCAUCUUCAACGGCAAACUCAAUAUCCUGGUUAAUAAUGUAGCGUCUGGUCACAUUAAACCAGUUUUAGAGGUGACUCAAGAGGAAUACAAGCACACCAUGAACAUCAACUUGGAAGCCGGCUUCCAUUUGAGUCAACUCGCUCAUCCUCUUCUCAAGACGUCUGGACGGGGCAAUAUCGUCUUCAUUUCUUCAAUCACUAGUCUCCAAGGAAACUCUUUUAUGUCCGUCUAUGGAGCAUCUAAGGGAGCCAUGAAUCAACUUACUAGAGGCCUCGCUUGUGAAUGGGCGAAGGACAAUAUUCGUACCAAUUGUGUUGCGCCCGGUCUCAUCAAUACGCCGAUGGCUAAGUCGUUCAUCGAGAAUGAAGAAUUUGUAGCAAAGUGGUGUGAUCAUACUCCGGUUGGGCGUGUGGGAGAGCCGGAGGAUGUGGCAGCUUCGGUUGCUUUUCUUUGCCUUCCUUCUUCCUCUUUCAUCACCGGUCAAGUUGAGUGGUUUAUCACUUCAUCUUCAUUUCCUCAAUUGUGGGUCUCUUACUCUUGUAUAUCCAUCUAUGGAUCAUCUAAAGGUAGACGGGAUCCUCUUCCCAUCUACCUUGGUCAACUCCUGGAUCAAGGACAAUGA